AUUAAGCAAUGGAGUGGUUAAGAAAAAAUAACAUGUUUACUUUGGUAUUUAUGCUUUCUAGAGUUCUCAUUCUAAUUUUGGCAUCGGAGUUCUUUUUUCUUUGUUUUGCAGGGUCUUUCUUUUCCAAAUUACAAAUUUAUCAUUGUUAUCACGUAAAUAUCAGGUAUUUUCCUCUCUCCAAGUUUUUGCAUCAACAAAUAUCAUGUUUAUAUAUGUAUACUUAGAGCGUAACACUUAUCUUUGAACUUAAGAGUUAUUUACCAAAAGUUUCAACUAAGAUACUUAAACUAUGUAUUAUAUUUAUAUUUAUCUGAGUCCUUGUUAUUAAAAUUGGUGAGAUCGUGACUUGUAACUCUAACUUGAAAGUGUUGUUCAAUACUCUUACAUAUCUAAUGACUUGUUUUAGAUUGCUAGAAAGCUUUCAGAAUGAAAGAACAGAGGUUUUCAUGAGGAUAAAAAUAAGAAUUUCAACGAGUUCAUUAAAAACAUUGGAAAGAAAUGUGUUGUCAAGGGAAACUCUCAAUUUUAGGAAUCUCGAGAGCUUCAAUGAAACUUAAACAGAGACGUGUUAGCAAUUAAAGAUGGUCUACAAUUAAGUUUGAAACUGGAUGGUCCUUGACUUUAAUUCAUUUAAAUUGGGUGCCUAACUCUUGAGCCAUCAAACUCAUACAAGUGUUAAAAUUGUUCCCUCAAACUUACAUAAUUGUAGAAAUUGUAACAAUUGUAUAAGUUUGAGGGUUCAAUUCUUUUUAUCAAUUAAAGGUCUAAUUUUCACAACUAUUGAAAGUUUAAGAGUCUAAUUUUAACUAAGAAAUUUGAAGGUAUGAUUGCGUGUAUAUAUAUAUAUUUCAAUUCGCCCCCUUUUGUCUUUUUAACGUGAUCAUCCGUGCAAACAACUCCGAAAAUUGUGCUUGGCCUUGCUCGGCCGCAGCCUUCUGGAUCCGGACAAAGUUAAAAAGUUUAGGCCAAUUUUCAUGGAAUUUAGAAUAAUCCCAAAAUAAGUCUUACCUUCCGAGAGAAUAGUCCAAAUAUAUUUCUGCUCACCAACGAGACCAACUUCUUCGGUUUAAAUAUCAACUGAAAAUUCUUCUUUUGCAAUCAAUCUUGGUUGGUCCAACUAACAAUCUCAAAGCACUCAAUUUCUGCAUUCUCAAGCCUUCUUCUUCUUCUUCUCCUCCUCUCUCAAUGAGGCUUGUAGUCGUAACCAUGAAAAUCUCUGCAAAAGCUUGAGCUUGACUUCUUCACCCAACAAUGGCGGUUUGCUUGGGAAAACGAUGCAUUGCAGACGAUACAACCACCCUCUUCUCAACAUCCAACUCGCCGGAGGAAACCACCAGUAUUUCUUCCUCUUCUUCUCACCACCACUCCCCACCACUCACCACCACUAGGAAACUCUCUGUCAGAAAUCUCUCAUUUUCUGUUCUUCCAAAAAGGUCCAUACCCACUUCCUUUUCCGAGCUGAUUCGAAGACCAAAACCCAUUAAUGUUCUUAAGUCUGUCUCAUUUGUGGCAAGAAGUUGUCAAGUGCUCGCCAUUGUUGGCCCAAGUGGAACUGGCAAAUCUUCCCUGCUCAGGAUUCUAUCAGGAAGAGUGAAAGAGAAGGAAUUUGACCCUAAAGCAAUCUCCAUUAAUGAUCAAUGGGUGAAAAGUCCUGAGCAGCUUAGGAAGUUGUGUGGGUUUGUGACACAAGAGGACAACUUGCUUCCUCUUUUGACUGUAAGAGAAACCUUGAUGUUCAUGGCCAAGUUGAGGCUCAGAGAAUUGGCUUCAGAAGAGAAAGAAGAAAGAGUAGAGAGAUUAAUGCAGGAGCUUGGUUUGUUUCAUGUGGGAGAUAGUUUUGUAGGAGAUGAAGAGAAGAGAGGGAUAUCUGGAGGAGAGAGGAAAAGGGUUUCAAUUGGAGUUGAAAUGAUUCAUGAUCCACCAAUUCUUCUGCUUGAUGAGCCAACUUCAGGCUUAGACAGCACUUCUGCUCUUCAAGUUGUUGAGCUAAUCUCUUCAAUGACCAGAAGUAAACAAAGAACUGUGAUUCUUUCAAUCCACCAACCAGGCUACAGAAUCCUCCAAUACAUUUCCAACUUCUUGAUUCUAUCCCGAGGUUUAACAGUUCAUUUUGGAAGCCUCAAAUCACUGGAAAAGAGGAUUGCUGAAAGGGGAAUUCAAAUCCCAAUUCAACUAAAUGCACUAGAAUUUGCUAUGGAAAUCAUAGAUAAACUGAAAGAAGAUUCAAGCCCACCAACUUCCCAAAUUGAAGAAGAAGAAAACCAGCUUUUCUCCACCCCAAUUUGGCCAGAAGAACCCAUUGAAAGAGUUCAACAACACAACAAUAGCAGCAAACAGAUAUCAAUCUUUUCCUUAUCACAUUUCCUAGAGAUUAUGUUACUUUGCUCAAGAUUCUGGAAGUUAUUAUACAGAACAAAGCAACUAUUUCUAGGUAGAACAUUGCAAGCUAUUGUUGGAGGAAUAGGGUUAGGAAGUGUUUACCUGAGAGUGAAAAGAGAUGAAGAAGGAGUUACAGAAAGAUUGGGCCUCUUUGCUUUCAGUCUCAGUUUCCUUCUCUCUUCCACAGUAGAAUCUCUCCCCAUUUUCCUGCAAGAAAGAAGGGUUCUAAUGAAAGAAGCCUCAAGAGGAGUCUACAAAAUUUCCUCUUACCUAAUAGCCAACACCAUCAUCUUCCUCCCAUUUUUGCUCGCGGUCGCGAUUCUCUUCGCCGCCCCAGUCUAUUGGAUCGUAGGGCUAAAUCCCUCAAUCCAGGCCUUCGCCUUCUUCACCUUCGUCGUUUGGCUCAUCGUGAUGAUGGCUAGUUCGUUGGUGCUUUUCCUCAGCGCCAUUUCGCCGGAUUUCAUAACCGGAAACUCCUUAAUCUGCACCGUCCUUGGCGGGUUUUUCCUCUUCUCCGGCUACUUCAUUCCGAAACAGAACAUUCCGAAAUUUUGGAUGUUCAUGUACUAUAUCUCGCUGUAUCGGUACCCUUUAGAUGCGAUGCUGGUGAAUGAGUAUUGGUCUGCGAAAUCGGAGUGUUUUUCAUGGAUCGAUCAAGGGCGGCGGCGGUUCUGCGCUCUCACCGGUGCCGAUGUGCUGAAGAACAGAGGGCUUGAGGGGGAUCUCCGGUGGAUGAAUGUAGGGAUUAUGAUUGCUUUUUUUGUGUUGUAUCGAUUGCUCUGUUGGAUUGUUCUUGCUCGUAGAGCUUCCACCACAAGUAUAUAAUUUUAUUUUUUUUGCAUUAAAUAAAAUAACGUUGAACUUGGUCGAGAAAA